CUGAGAGUUCAUAAUGUUGUGCUGUAAGUCAGGCUGAGAAAGCAGAGCAGCAGACGAAGCGGCGCGAACUGACGGCACGAGAGCAUGAGGAGCAGCAGUCAGUGUGAACGCGGAGCAGCUCAGAGUCAGAGCGCGAUGAGCCCAGCACACAACUCAGCCCUGAUGCUCGCUGUCCUCUUCACCUCCUUCAUACCCAUCACCACAAGUGCUCCAGUGCUCUUGAAUCCAUCUUCAAUAGAGCAUGAGCAGUUACUAACCCAGAUAACUGAACUGUGCUCGUUCUACCUCUCUGCAGACCCAUCCUUUAGAACAUCUGAUGUCCUGGAGGACCUGUGUUUCCUAAUGCUGGGAUCACUGCAAAAAUCGGAGGAGAUCACAGCUCGAGAGACCAGCAAAAGGUCUACUGUGUUGCACCCUCUUCUGGAGCUCAUACCCCAGCUUGCCAGAAGAAGAAGCAGGAGAAUGAAAUUAAAUGAUGACCUUCAGGGGCCCGGACGGAUCCAGAGCAGAGGAUACUUCCUUUAUCGGCCACGAAAUGGAAGAAGAUCUGAUGAGUAUGUGUAAAACAAUAAAGAAUUGAAAAAUCAGCAGCACCAGACCCCGUCCUGCAGGUGUCCUGAUCCAGAGCCAGUCAACCUUGAAACGUCACGUUACACCCCUCUAUUGAAUUGUGAUGUUGAAUGUACAGACAGAAUCCAAAUAAAG